UCGAGCGGCAGAGGGCGAAGGCGACGAGGUAAUGCUGCCAGGCCUGCUGAGAAUCGGACUGUAAAUGGUCGGGCUUUUGGUGGGCGAUUAACGCAGCAAGGUGGUGAGGAUUCGGCGCCGUCGAGUCAAUCGGGACAGCUGCAAGGCGCUGCGCCUACUUUUGUUCCAGGACAGCCGGUCACUCGUCCAGCUCCUGUUGCGCGUCCGAAGCGAGAACAUCCGAGGCAGGCAGCACCUCCAAAACCAAAAGCUCCGAAAUCACAAGCGCUAGAUAUUGCCACUCGCACCCAUGAAGAUAUCGACAACGGUCAUUACGAAUGUGCAAUCUGCACAAGCGAAGUACGGACCAAUUCCAAAGUCUGGUCGUGCCAUACUUGUUGGACAGUAUUUCAUUUGCAUUGUGUGAAAGUCUGGUCCGCGUCAACAAUCAAACAGCAAGAAGAGAAUAAUCGACAAGGGGGAAACCCACCUCAGUGGCGAUGUCCCGGCUGCAACCUUCCCAAAGAUACCCUGCCCACGUCAUACACGUGUUGGUGUGAAAAGGAGUACGAUCCCAAGACUCUCGCUGGAAUUCCUCCACAUUCAUGCGGGCAGACGUGUGGUCGGGAACGGGUCAAGAAAUGUCCUCAUCCAUGCCAGCUUACGUGUCAUGCUGGUCCCUGUCCGCCAUGUUCGCAUAUGGGUCCGACUCAAGCCUGCUUUUGUGGCAAGCACCAAACCACCAAACGAUGUACUGAGACUGACUACAGUUCGGCUUGGACAUGUGGGGAGGUUUGCAAUGCGCCCCUGGCUUGUGGUGAACAUGCGUGUACACGGCCAUGCCACGAAGGUCCUUGCGGGCCCUGCCAAGUACGCCUGCCAGCUCGUUGUUAUUGUGGCAAAAUGGAAAAGGACGUGCUUUGCGGUGAUCGCGGCAUUCCAGCGACUAGCUAUCAAACCCACCGACUCGAAACGGGCGAGGUUGUCUCGGAAACAUGGACCGGGUUGUUUGAAUGUGAAAACCUGUGCGAGCGCGAAUUCGACUGCGGCGUUCACCAAUGUCUAAAGCGGUGCCAUCCGCAGGAUGGAACGCCUGGUCAUUGUCCCAAGUCCGCUGAUGUCAUUACUCACUGCACUUGUGGCAAGACUGCCCUCGACGAAUUGAUGGAGGAACCCAGGACAUCGUGUGAGGACGCAAUUCCAAGCUGUGGCAAACCAUGCAGCAAUUCACUAACAUGCGGCCAUCUUUGCCCUCGGGUCUGCCAUUCCGGAAAGUGUCCGCCCUGUCAGGAGAAGAUCACUAUUAAUUGCCGAUGUGGCAGAACUUCAUCCGACUCACUUUGCCACCAGGGUCAGGAAGAAUCGCCACAGUGCCGACGUAUCUGUCGUGCAAAUCUCAACUGCGGCCGUCAUGCCUGCGAAGAGCAUUGCUGCGCAGGGGAACGCAAGGCGGUCGAGCGACUGUCGAAUAAACGAAAGCAACGUCCACUGAGUUCAGCUCCUCGUGCGGUGGACGAUGGCUUCGAAGCCGAGCACAUCUGCACCCGUCAAUGUGGUCGACUCUUGAAAUGUGGGACUCACUAUUGCGAUGAUCUUUGCCACAAAGGGCCCUGCGGCUCUUGCAAAGAAGCCAUCUUCGAGGAGAUUUCCUGCAACUGUGGCCAGACGGUAUUGAUGCCGCCACUGCCGUGUGGGACUCGCCCUCCACCAUGUCGACAGCCUUGUCGCCGUCCUAAAGGGUGCGGUCAUCCUCAGGUACCACAUACUUGCCAUCUCGACAGCGAGAGCUGUCCGAAAUGUCCAUUUUUGGUGGAACGACGAUGCAUGUGUGGGAAGCGCAUGGUCAAGAAUCAGCAAUGCUGGCUGGUGGAUAUCCGUUGCGGCGAGAUUUGCGGAAAGAAACUUCGAUGUGGGUAUCAUUUCUGCCGAAAGCCCUGCCAUCGCUCGGGCGAGUGCGAGGAUGCCAACGGUCAGGCAUGUCAGCAGCCCUGCGGAAAGGAGAAGAAGGCUUGUGGCCACCCGGACGAGGCGCCUUGUCACGCUCCUUACCCUUGCAAGGAGGAAAAGCCUUGCACAAGCAAGAUGUUCAUCACCUGUGAGUGUCAGGCUCAAAAGCAAGAAGUGAGAUGCGGCGCUUCCAAGAACAGCGAAGGAAAUACAGCCAAAACACUACCCUGCAACGAUGAGUGUGCUCGGUUGGAGAGGAAUCGCAAACUUGCCGUGGCUCUCAACAUCGAUCAAUCCACGCAUGUAGAUGGUGGGGACCAUAUUCCCUUUUCAAACGAAACUCUGACUCUGUUCGCAUCGCAUCCGAAACGGGGACAAACACAAGAGCGCGAGUUCCGUGUCUUUGCCGCUGCCGAGGAUGAGAAGAGGCUGCGUUUCAACCCCAUGCAAGCCUCACAACGCGCUUUCAUCCACGCUCUUGCUGACGAUUUCGGCUUCGACUCGGAAAGCGUCGAUCCCGAACCCCACCGUCACGUCCUCGUGUGGAAAACCCCACGCUUCGUGUCCGCGCCCAACAAGACCCUCGCCGACGCCCUGCGCCUCCGCCAACAAUCGCUCCGCUCCGCCAACGUCUCCGACACCGAAACCGGGCCCUCCGCCUCAAAGCCCCACCUACAACCCACCAAGCCCACCGAACCCUUCAACAGCUUCGUGAUCAAAAACCCGCGCUUCGCCCUCACCCUCGACGAAGUCCGCACCGAAGUCCUCCAUGUCCUCUCCAGCACGGGCCCCCACCCCUUCACAUUCGACAUCGAAUUCCUGCCCAGCGAAGAAGUCGUCCUCAAGGCGAACACCCGCACCCUCUCCGCCCCCGAACUCGAGCGCCUCCUCCAGAACCUCCGCGCUCCGCUCACCCGUGCCAUCGCCUCCAGGGGCUUCGGCAGCACCCAGCUCUGCUACGCCGAUUCUUCGCUGAAUGUCACCCGCUUGGAAUCGGACGCCACCGGCGGCGACGGCUGGUCGCGCGUCGCCGCGAAG